AUGUCAUCAUCAAUUCUUAUUUUUCACAUAUUAUCUAGUACAAUAUUCCUGACAGUCGUAAUCGAAGCACGGUCAGUGUUAGAUAGUCAUACCUACCCAUACGAUGUUAAACAUUUUGAAUCGAAACUCGACACGACUACAGGCUAUUGGUCUCCCAGCACUAGCUCAAUUGAUUGGUGCGAACGUAAUUAUGCUGUAACACAGUAUAUUACUGAAUUUUGGAAUUGUACUUCAAGCUUCCUUAUGUGUAUAUUAGCUGGAAUAUUAUUCAUUCAAGGUUUAUACCAUAGAAUUGAAAAUCGAUUUUUAUUACUUAGUUUCUCCUUUGGCAUUGUCGGAUUCGGUUCUGCUUAUUUUCAUGGCACAUUAACGCAUUUCGGUCAAAUGGCAGAUGAACUUCCUAUGGUCUAUUUAAUGAUUGUUUGGUGGUUUAUACUAUUUAGAAUGAACGAAUUUAAACAGUUAAAAACUAAAACAUUUGCAACUGAUAAAUUACUCAUAUUUGGAAUAUUUUAUGGAUUUUUAUGGACUUAUAUGCAUAGUUUACAAACUUUCGUAUUGCUAUUUCAAUUGCAUUUUGCAUUGAUGAUAAUAGGAGGAAUUAUGAAACUGAUCUAUUUAUAUCGACAGACGCAACAUCAUACACAUUGUGUAAUGUAUCUAAUCAUGGUAUAUGUUGGUUUGUUGGGUCCAGCUAUGAUAUGCUGGAUUAUUGAUCAACAAUUGUGUGAACAAAUGAAUAGUAUAGGUGGAUUUAAUCCACAAUUGCAUGCUUGGUGGCAUGUUUUCUGUGCUGUUGACUUUCAUGUGGGUAUUGUAUGCGCUGAAACUAUCCGUCUUUUAUCAAUCAAAUAUCAACAGCAUUUAGUAAAACAUACUGAAUCUUCCGAUCAAUCAUUUAAACCGAAAGAUCAUGUGCAUAUCGUCUUUUACUUAGGAUUACCUUUCGUAGAUUAUUCCAAAGAUAAACAAACAAAUGAAGAAAAAAGCCAAUAA